AUGAAUCCCACGAAAACAACAAAAGCGACGACCGCACCUCAGCCAACAGCUUUUUCACACAAGCUAUCCUUUGAGGGAGCAAAGCUGACUGCGCGCGAAUCGGCAUCCCGCGGCCGCGACCGUUUCGUCAAUUCAUGCAAAUUCCAAGUACACCUUCAUGACUCGACAGCCCCCAUGUGCCCUCGCUGUACAAAGAACUAUGAGGCCUGGAGGAUAUACCGAGUGUACGGCCAGUCUAUGGAGCUUGUUGACGAGGAGAAGCCCUGGGAGGAGAAGCCCCACGAGAAGAAGCCCCAGGCAGAGAAGGCCCAAGAGAAGAAGCCCGAGAAUGAUGAUGACUGGGUGAAGAUUGGUAUGGAGGAUCUCGAGGAAUCCAAAGCCAACGAAAAGAGUACUGCCAAGAAGUGGUGGAAAUAG